AUGGGUGAAGUUGAGUUUGAAGGUUCUGUUGACCCUACAGAUGUCGAGCAGUGGUUGGAACGGAUUGAAAGAGUGUUCGAGCAGUUAGAGUAUUCUGACGCUGCCAAAUUUAAGUAUGCUAUCUCACUAUUACAAAAAGAUGUCUAUGAUUGGUAUGUAAGUGUACCAAAUGUCAGGGCAAAACCUCCUAUUCUUACUUGGAAUGAUUUUGUGAAAGAAUUUCAUAAGAAAUAUGUCCCACUUGCUUAUCAUGAUGCAAAGAAAAAAGAGUUCUUAAAUUUAGAGCAAGGGAUUUCAGCUGCACUUACUUGGGAAAGGAUUGACAAGGAACAAGCUGGUAGAAAUGAACAUAAGUUCAGGAAAGCUUAUGCAGAUUCAGGAGGUCCAUCAAAAAAGGGGAGGUUUGACAGUUCCCAAGCUAAUACUUUUCGCAAGUUAGCCCAACAUAAGCAGAAUAGAUCAAGUUCCUUUACUACCAGCACUCCAAGCUCUGGCCAAGGCAAGAAUCAUAUACCCCCUUGUGCACAAUGUGGAAGGAAUCACUUUGGUACUUGUAAAAGAGCGUCUGGUGCUUGUUUUAAUUGUGGGAGCUUCGAUCAUAAGGUGAGGGAUUGUCCCAAUCCUAACCCCACUUCUUCUCCACGUACGGAAGGCUUGGUUCAAAAACCGGUUACCACUCCCUUUCAAGGGAAUAGAGGUGCAAGAUCUAGAAACAUAAAAGCAACAGGUACAGAUGCAGCCAAUCCAGCUGGUAGGUCAAGAGAUAUAGCACGAGCUUAUGCAAUGAGAUAG